GACCAUCUGCUGCACAAAGUCGAGAUGGUUGCCAAUGGCGGAGCACCACCAAGAGGUAGUGCAGCAGCAGCUGCCAGCUUGCGCAGACGCAGGCCAGGUGGUGGUGGUGCUGGUGCAGCAGGGGGAGGUGCAAGCACGAUGCUCCAGUUCUACACCGACGAUGCUACAGGAGCCAAGAUGUCUCCCAAUACUGUUCUCUUUAUGAGCAUUGGAUUCAUUGCUGUUGUUGCUCUUCUGCAUGUCGUCGGUAAACUCUAUUUUGUUCGUCACUAGAGCUCCAUGUUUGCGUCCUGACUUUUGAUCUCCCUAAAGGUGCACUCUUGAUUUGAGCAAAACACAGACAAUGUAUUGGGUGGGUAGGCAAUGUGACAAUUUUAUUAUCAGAAUCCUUUGAGUUUGCCCCAACUGCA